AUGUGGAAUACGGAAUCGUGCCCAGAAAAUAAGUUCAUCGUUGCUGGCAGUUACAUCUCUGACUAUCACGACAGCCUCGGAAGAAGCCGCCCUUUGAAAGUUGGAGACCAAGUUCACUUCAUCAGGAACUCUAGACGUUUGAACGGCACGCAAUCCGGAAGCUUCAGCGACUCCUUCGCAUCCGAUUUGGGAGGCAUACAGAUGUUGAUCGGAGGUCCUUUUCAAAGUGAUACUGGAAAACUGAUCAUACAAAAAGGUACAGAGAAUAACAUCUGAACGUUGAUAUUUAAAUCCAACCCUUUUUAAGCCCUUAUAACCUCUUCCCAGUCUCGAUCUGGCUAAAGCAGGAAUAGAAUUAAAGUACCCUACGGUGAAAUCAUAUUAUCAAAUGCCCUAAUCUAAGUAAUGACACACGGAAAGGAAUAUUUGUUGUGUUACAAUAGUCUGCUUACCAGCAACUGCUUUGAUCGUGCUCUUAAAGACAGAUCUCGUCCUAUGUACAUGUAAGAGGGUCCGAAAUCCGGAAUCCACCAUUUUUUGGGUUUUGAAAUACGCAAUCCGGAAUCCAGGUAUUUUGGAGUCUAGAAUCCAUUUACACCGAAUCCUAAACGAUUUUGGAUUGCUUCACAUGGGGAGAAACAACGCAGCUACUUUAAAAAGCCAGUCUCAGUUCAGUCAGCAAAGUCUCUUUUACCAAAAUAUUUGGCCUUGUUUUAGCAAUAAUGGAGUGCGGACACACGGUUCACCUCCAUCCUUUCGCUCUUUGCCUCGCUCAUAACCAAAUACUUUAGAAUUGCUUGAAGUAUUUUAAGCACCCAAUUGACAUGUACAAUAUUCACAGAUAUGGUGGAGAAAUGCGGCGAAGUGAAUUAUGACGUUCGCUAUAAAGUGUGUGACAGAUGUGGUUCCAAUCACUUUGUGCGUCCUAAGAAAGAGACCUGGAAAUGCUGUGCUGGUGAGAAGCCAUACGACCCAAAAAAAUCUACUAUAUUGUUAAGGUGUAAAUAG